GGGCGAGGCUUGACGUCACUGCGUCUAGCAGGCCACGUAGCGCGCCGCACAGCAGUCCGCGCAGCUGCUUCAACUCCUUCCUCCUCUCUCCUUACCGGAAGUAGCUGUCGCCGCCGAGGGCGGAGAUGCUACGUAGUUCCGGCGUGUAGCUGGCGGCUGGGGAGUGAGCGAGGCUGAGGGGUACGGGGAAAGAGUCUGAGGCGCUGCCACUGCCGUUGUCGUCGAGGCUGGCAAUUGAUCUCCCACAAUGUCAUUCAUAUUUGAAUGGAUCUACAAUGGCUUCAGCAGCGUGCUACAAUUUCUAGGAUUAUACAAGAAGUCUGGAAAGUUAGUUUUCUUGGGUUUGGAUAAUGCAGGCAAAACCACCCUUCUGCACAUGCUUAAGGAUGACAGAUUGGGUCAACAUGUUCCAACAUUGCAUCCAACAUCAGAAGAGUUAACAAUUGCAGGAAUGACGUUCACAACUUUUGAUCUUGGUGGUCAUGAGCAAGCUCGGCGUGUCUGGAAGAAUUAUUUACCAGCAAUUAAUGGGAUCGUGUUUUUAGUUGACUGUGCAGAUCACUCACGUCUAAUGGAGUCUAAAGUGGAGCUUAAUGCGCUAAUGACUGAUGAAACAAUAUCCAAUGUGCCAAUUCUUAUCUUGGGUAACAAAAUUGACAGGCCAGAGGCUAUCAGUGAGGAGAAGCUUCGAGAGAUUUUUGGGCUUUAUGGACAGACCACAGGAAAGGGGAAUGUGCCACUGAAGGACUUGAACACACGUCCCAUGGAAGUGUUCAUGUGCAGCGUACUGAAGAGGCAAGGCUACGGUGAAGGUUUUCGUUGGCUAUCACAGUAUAUUGACUGAUAUUUGGAGAGAAAUCUACUCCUGGACUGAUCCUGUUCACAGUUUCCUUAUGGACUUUUCUAUUAGAACAUGGAAGGCUCUCCAACCACAUACUGGCAAUGACCAAGGGACUCCUGUCUUCAGUUACCCUAUAUCACAGUGGUGACACAAUUCUUUUCCCUUUGUCUGGGAGAUAAUAUUCUGUACACUGGUGCAGGUUGUCACUUCCAGGUGCCAUUGUUUCCCAUGGAAACCAUGGCUUUCAGUUACAGUGGAGCUGGUGAGCUGGAAUACAAAACUGCACACAGCAUUUUAGUGGCUGGAAAAGAGAACAUGUCUCACCACUGUGGCCAAUUGACUUUGAAAAAAGCAAUUCUAUUUUUUAAAGGAAGUGUUUAAUGUAAAUGGUGUCCCUUUAGAUUUCUUAAGUUAGCAUUCAUCUUGUUUGGGCCAGAAUCUGUUAGGAUUUAAAACAAUCUGUUUAAUGGUAUUUAGAUAGUUCCCAGAUUACAAAACCAGCUAUCAUGAUAUUCAUAAUCCUUAGUGAACAGAAAGAUGGGUUUCAUUGACCUGUGAGAUGGUUGCGCUGUCACACUGUUUGAUCAUGAAGAUGGUGCUAUUGGGACUGACUUGUGCAGUGAAUUGUUUUCUUUAAUUUACAGGGGUUUUAUUUGGGGAGGGAAACGGAGCACGCACACAGGCACACUUGUUCUAGCUUUCCAUGUCAUUAUGCGUAGGAGUCUGAAAUGCAGUUAAUCAUCUUGGCCCACCUCAAAAAGUUACCAACCUUUUCCUUGUUGGCAGUUUUUCUUUCUUCGCUGCAGCAGCAGUAGAAAGGUUGUCUCAGACUUGUGAUACAGUUUGUUCUACAUUGCAGACAACUGCAGAAAAAAUGCAGUCGAAAUCAUGAAAUUAUUUUGUUAGGUUACCGUAGCAUUAAAUUGUUCCAACAAAUGCAUAUCGUAAUGCUGUUAAUGUAAACUAACCCUGUUUCUUUUAUAUUCAACAGAGCUUGUGUUUGAACUUUCAUUACUUGCCUAGACAUCUUCAUUUUCAGUUAAAAACAAACAAAUAGAUAUUAACUUCUUAAAGGAGUAUGGAGCUCUAGUUGAAAUUAUUUUAGUGCUCACUGGCAGAUAUCUUUCACUCUGAUGGAUGCAAGGAACUGGUGGCUCAGACUCUAAAAACACUUGAGAGGAUUUCUGUGCUAACUCUGUUACAAAAGAUGAAACUUAAAAUGGCAAAACACCAGAUGAACUCUUGCUAUUGUGCCAUAGGCUCUUAUUUUGCUGAAAGAUACACUGUUGCUGGGACUUGGAUAUGUUUACUUGAUUGUUAGCUGCUGUGAUCUAGCACCCUUUGUCUCAGCAUCAAAGUCUUUGAAAGGGAACGAAGUCUUUAACAUAACCAGGAAUAGUUUGAAAUUACAGAGUUUCUUGUGCUGAUGGUGUUGAAAAUCAAUUUAUUUUAACUCCUGAAUUUGUCAGUUUCCCUGUGCUCGGGCAUGUCAAAAUGUGUUGCUGUUUACUUGAAGAUAAUACUUAAAUGUCCAAGUGUCCUAAUGGAGUCCACUGAAGUAUGUAAUUCAGCUGUAAGACAGGAACAUUUACACCUUCUCGGCCAGCAGGAAGAGCUGAAUGUAUUGCAGACACAGUGCAUUUAAAUUGCACAGGUUGAUGCAUUUGACUUCUAAAGCAUAACCCUGUUGUACUCUCAGGGUAGUUUAAGCAGAAUCUUCAUUAGAAGAACCAUGAGACAGUAGAUUCCUCCAAAAAAGGAUAACUAGAUAGAAGUCUGAUCAGGAUCAAGAGGGCUCUUUUUCCACUUCUGGAAGACUUGUAAUUCUAGACCUAUUUGCAGUGUCUUCACCAAAAUUGAUAUAUGUAAUGUCAUUGUUGAGUUCCCUUUUUAAUCUUGUCUCUGUGAAGCCUUUUGAUUUUACAUAAACAUUUCAAUAAUCUGUAGAUAUCUCCUAGGCCACUGUGCCUAUGAGUGUGUUGCCAAGGAGCUGUAGAGAACCACAUCAAACUACAGUGGUCAUGCAAAUACUGUUUACUAAAGUGAUCAGAAUCUACCUUAUUUGAAUCUCCAGUAUUGACCACCUAGAGUUGGCUGUUACAUGCAAGGAAUGCAAAUAGAUAGUUCUUCUCAAAUCUAUAUGAGAUCUUUUCAUCCUUUCCUGAAAUGGCAUACUCUGGUUCCAUGCUUAAAAAGAAGACCCAAGUAAACAGAGCUAUAGAAUACAUGCCCAGUAGAAGCAUACCCUUCUAUGAAGGUGGUGUCUCAGCCACUGGAGAAAGCAAUGGCGAAUAGCUCUGACCUCUUCUCUCCACCUACCAUGUAUGGUCAUUAGGCAAAUCUAACUCCUUGCAAUGUAUGGACAUAAAGUUUAAUAUAUACUUUAGAAAUUGGAUUGCAGAUCGGAACAUGAGAGAACAUGUCAUUCUGUUAGCAAAAUGUUUUAACUUCCCAUUUCUGGAAAUGUGAAACAUAUUUGCAGAGGUUUGUCUGUAUCCAACAUUUUAAUAAAGUUUUUUUUAAAAAAAAUCA